GUCGCGCUAGUAACGGUCUGGCACCGCCACAGUCCAAAGGGGAAGAAUCCAUGAAAGUUAACUCUCCUGAAACACCUGGCGCACAAUGGAAGAGACUACUUCUACGCCGCCCAAGAAAAAGCCUAAAUCAAAAACCAAGGACAGGACUUCCGAUACUGAGGUCCCGCGCGAAAAGUCAAAAUCAAAGGCAUCAUUGAAGGACAAGACAUCGGAAUCUGCGGAUCUGCCGCCUCAGGGAAAGCGCUCUAAGUCAAAGUCCAAGGAGCGGGUGACCGCAUCAGGUGCUAGUGAUCUUGAUGAAAAGCCGAAAUCGAAAACGAAGUCCAAGGCUCCCGAUUCGGCGCCUUCACAAGGAAAGUCAAAGUCAAAGACAUCAUUGAAGGAAACGACAGCAGUGCUAGCAGGUCUGCCAACUGAAGAAAAGCCGAAGUCGAAGCAAAAGGCAAAGUCGUCUGAAUCAGCGGCUUCGCACGACAAGAAAUCUAAGCAAAAGACUAUCGAGACAGCAGAGUCUGCAGAAUCCCCGCCCGUUGAAAAGCCAAAGAAAAAGAAGACAACCGACCCUGCUCCAUCGCAUCGCGAUGAAAAGGAAUCGAAAUCAAAGAAGAAGUUGGAACGUGAGGAACAGCGUACGAAACCAAAGCACAAGGUGGCGGCAGCAGCACCGGUGGCUGCGGCUGCUGUUGAAAAGCCUUCGGACGUAACAACUCAGGAAACAACUGCGGUGGUGUCUACAGCAAAGACAUCGGAAGUCACUACGGCGGCCAGUGACGUACCCCCGGUUCCCAAGAAAAAGGGUUCCAAAAUGAGGAGCGAAAGAGUUGGAGAGAGCGUUCCCAUGCCUCUGGAAGUGAAUAAGGAGCCAUCGAGCAAAGGAUGGUCGCCUGUGGUGCACGGUGUGAUAGGAGCAGCCUUGCUUGUCAUUUUAGUCCUGGCCAUGAUUGGGUUGUACUGGGUCAUCAAGCAAAACAUCCACGGUACAAAACCAGGUGCCACAGAAUCUGUUCCAGGCCCCGGCAUUAUGACCCCGCCAGGCGAAACCACAGGCGAUCGAUCAACAAGAAAACCAAUCACCACCGCUCCAGCUCCCCCUUCUCCGCCACCUCCUCCUCCCCCUUUCCCACCCCCAUUCCCUCCACCACCUCCCCCGCUGCCUCCUCCACUGCCUCCUCCGCCACCACCCCCGCCUCCACCUCCGCCUCCACCACCCCCGCCUCCACCUCCGCCUCCACCGCCUCCGCCUCCUCCUCCGCCUCCUCCUCCGCCUCCUCCACUGCCUCCGCCACCACCCCCGCCUCCACCUCCGCCUCCGCCUCCGCCACCACCCCCGCCUCCACCUCCGCCACCACCCCCGCCUCCACCUCCACCUCCGCCACCACCCCCGCCUCCACCUCCACCUCCACCUCUGCCACCACCCCCGCCUCCACCUCCGCCUCCUCCUCCACCGCCUCCUCCUCCACCGCCUCCACCGCCACCGCCUCCACCUCCGCCACCGCCUCCACCGCCUCCACCUCCUCCGCCUCCUCCUCCACCGCCUCCUCCACCGCCUCCUCCGCCUCCUCCUCCACCGCCCCCUCCGCCUCCUCCUCCACCGCCCCCUCCGCCUCCUCCUCCGCCACCACCUCCACCACCUCCGCCUCCACCACCUCCACCUCCGCUGCCUCCACCGCCUCCUCGGCCUCAGCCUCCACCGCCUCCUCCUCCUCCUCCACCUCUACCGCCUCCUCCUCCGCCUCCACUCCCUCCCCCUCCUCCGCCUCCACUCCCUCCCCCUCCGAGGCCGACGGGCCCAACAACCCCACCUAGACCCACUGUGAAGUGGGACACAGAGAUCGAGCUCUGCAACUCGAACGACUGUAGGGAGGUCAAAAUGCUUAUGGACAAUUCCUUGGACAAGAGACUAGAACCCUGCCAGGACUUCUAUGCCUUUGUUUGUAGCGAAGCUGAAAGAAAUUUUGCUACUAUGUAUGACACAGUGCAAGGUGGGACACUGAAGGUACUCGAACACAAUAUUUCUUCCGACAUCAGAAGAGAACUUUGGAGUCCCGUACCUCUUCAGGGCCAAACCGUGUUCCAGAAAAGUGUGGCAUUUUUCCAACACUGUCGCGAUGUGGAGAAAGCGAUGGAUAGCAACUUCGAUGGCAUGAGAUACUUCCUAGAACAACAUGGUAUCACUUUCGAAGAGCGUACGAUGUUGUUCGACCCCUUGGACAUGACAGUUAGAUUCGCCUUCGAGUUCGAUAUUCCUAUUUGGUUCAACUUUACUGCGGAACGGGUCGGUACCGGAUAUGACAUCGUCGUCGAGGAGCAGUCCGGAAUUUCGCGGGAAAAAUUUACAUUGAAUAGCAGGGGGACUAACCUUGAUAAAGUGCAGUAUGGACACAACAUGCUGAAAAAUAUAUUUGCCCGACCCUUCGAUUCAAUCUACAUCUAUGAAGUGAUAAAAGGCGUGGAAUUUGUAUACGAGACAGUGAGGAACAAGCGACUCGGAGCAUUGAAACGGAUUCCUCUCUCGACACUUCUGGACGAUGACAUUAACUCUGGCCUGACACACCAAUGGACUACAAUCCUUUCUCACUACAGUAAUCAACAUCUUCCAGGUAAUGCCUACGUAAAGAUUCGUGAACGCGCUCGCAACACCUUUCGAUUAGUGUUCGCUGUAGCGAACAAUACGAACGCCAUGAGGAGCUACAUCGCUUGGAGAACUGCCGAUACACUUUUUCAAACUGGUGCCCAAGUGGUGGAGAAGGAUACAGCGAAAGACAUCGAAGAUCAUUGUCUGGCCUUGGUGCAGUCGAUGCUGCCUCAUACAAUAGGUCCUUCUGUGCUUUUCAAGACAGUAAACCAGCAGAGAGUAAAUGCUGUGAAGAAUAUGCUACACGAGAUCGUUGCUGCCAUCGACGAUUCCUUCACGCGGUUUACGUUUCUUAACAACUCACGGGAUACUGCCAGACGUAAGCUGGCUCUGAUGAAGAUGAAUAUUGGAUACAAUUCAAAGUUCGAUACACCCGAUAAAGUUAGAGACUACUACCGCAAUCUUCCAGACUUGAGGGGGUCUUUCAUUGAUGAUUUCACCAAAGCAAAACGAUUCCAGUCCAUGACUUACUGGGAUCACAUUUUCCGCAACGAUGUCGACUUUAUUAACAACCUUUACACCGCCCAGAUUCCAGUGUUCGAAGCCAAUGCGCAAUAUACUGUAAGGAUGAACCUGCUGACUAUACCACCUGCCAUGAUGUACAGCCCGCUCUUUGCACUUGGAGGACCUACUGACGUGAACUACGGUGCUCUGGGACGUCUUAUGGCUCAUUACAUAAUGCAUGGCUUCGGCCUGUACGGGCUUGGAUUCGAUGGCACAGGAGCCCCGUCGUCGUGGUUCCCCGGAGAAAAUGUGAUAAGCUAUGAGGCUAUGAUGUCCUGCAUAGAACGUAUUGCAUUGACCGCACCUGGUAAUAGGUAUUCAGUAACGAGCAGCCAUGAAAAAUUCGGGGACGUCCUAGGAAGUGUUUCUCUCCUGAAUGCUUACAAGAAAGCUAAGGGUUCGAGUGCUAAGAUGUUUUAUGUGUCCUGGUGCCUCCUCUGGUGCGGCAGGCGGGCGUCGCCUGGUAUUGCGUCGGACGAUCUUCGGUGCAAUCUGCCUUUGAUGAAUUCUGACCAUUUCAGGGACACGUUCUUGUGUCCCUAUAAUUCACCGAUGAAUCCGGCACAGAAGUGUGAGUUCUGGUAGGAGCACUCGUCAGGAAAUAUAGAUGAAUCAUAAGCAUGUUUGUUCUCACUUUUUUGUUUUGCCUGGUUUAGUUCAGAAUGGGUAACGUGGUAAAAGAACAUCGUACGUGGAAAACAUUACUGUACUACUGUCGGAGACAACAGUAUGAGAUGCGUGCAACGUAUUUCUGGAAGGAAGAUUAACGGCAAGGGUUUCUUAAUAUUUGUGUGCACUGUACGACGUGGCGAAAAAACUGACGUGUUAAAAAAAUAACGCACGUGAACAGAGUUGCAUGUAGAUGGCCCUUCAAGCUGCUAUCUGUAGGACACGUGACCUCUCCCUUGCCUCGCAGGAUGACUCCACAGGGUCACUUUCGUACUUUCAUUGUACGCGCAGCGUUAGAAAAAGUAAACCGUUUAGGGU